AUGAUCAGGAAACGAGAGAAAUCUUCAGGAGAAGAUGCAAAGAGGAGUCAGCGUCUUGAGAAGCACAAUAUGCAGAACAAGAAAGAACCUCUUCAUCUCGCCAAGCUUCAGCUUCUUGUCUUCAUUGCGGUGGCCCUCGUGAUCCUCGUCGGUCAGCGAUGGAGCGAGCGGGAGAGGAGCUUGCCGUUGGCGGACGAGACGGACGAUGAAGUCUUCAACAGGACAAGGAUGGACAUCGCAAGGUUCCGUCAGACGUCAGAGCUUCCCACCUUUGGCCUCACCUCAGGACGGUAUUACUACAUGGUCAAGGAGCUUCGAGGCAAUUCGGCUCACCGGCUCAAGGCGCGAUGUCACUACGACCCCGCAAAUAACACGAAGCCUCCAGCUGAACUCUUAGUGCCUGGUCGCCUGAGCUUGAGAAACGAGCUGACAGAGAGAUCGCUCUGCUUCCUGUGGUACUGCGCGGAGUUUUGGACGAGGCCGAUGGGCGCUGGGAUCGACGACAAGUCGUUCCUCCGGCAAGCGAUCAUGUCGUACGAGCAGUCGCACAGCUGCAAGCCAGACCAGGUAACUGCUCCCACGGUCGACCUGAACGAGACGGACAAAUGCUUCACUUUCUUUCGAAACAACGACAAGUGGGCAGCGAAGGCAGAGAGCUUGUGGUUCAUCAAAGCCAAAGAUGGCUCGACGGGGAGGCACAUCUCGCUGUUGAGGAGAGCAGAUGUCGAGCGGAUCGCUACGUCGGGACAUCCUACUUGUCCCAUCCCAGGAGGGAUAGCAAGUUUGGAGGUACCCAACCUCUGGGUCAUCGGAAACAGAAAGUUCGAUCACAGAGUCUUCGUCCUCGUCGCCUCCUUUGAACCUCUUGUUGUCCUCUUCAGGAAGGGUCACCUCCGCUUCUCCGUCUUCAACUACUCCGACCCCUUCAAGGAGCCUCUCGAGCUCAACGUCAGCUUCUACACAGGCAGGGUCUACAAGGACAGGAUGACGAAAGCUAUUCUCAACGCAACCUCUGACAAGCUCUUCAGCGGGCCUUCAGGGUAUCCCGUCGGCAAGAGACCAGAGGACAACCCGGACCUCUCGCGGCACCUUACCAACCCGCGCUUCGCCUUCGCUCACACCAACAAUACCAACGAGGUGAUCCGCCCCGCGGAGGUGCUGCGAAGAGCCCUGGUGGUGCAACAUGGCGACGAGGUUGGGAAGAAGAGAUGGGAGAAGAUGCAAGCGAGCGUGAAGAACGCAUGCUUGACGGUGAUUUACGCCAUCAAAGACAAGUUCAAGGGCAGGGAGUACAUGACAAGGUGGGGUUUCAUGAUGAUCGCCAUGGAUGUCGUUUACGACACGGACGGAAAUGCCAAGGUCAUCGACAUCAACUCUGGACCGGACUUCUACCAUGACCACAAGUUCCCGCUGUGGUUCCACCGCGAGAGGAGCUCCAUGAUCCGAGAGGCACUGGACAUUGUGCAGGAAACCGCCUUCCUCAAGGCGACUCAACGGAGCGAGAUCAAGCUUCAAACGCCCGACCAUUGGGAGCUGCUCUACCAUGAGAAACAGGGGGGGCCAACAUCAGGCCUGCUGCCACUGGGGUCGUGCCCUCAGAGCUCAUGA